AUGACUGUCACAACAGUUCCUUCAACGCAUCCCAUUGCAAGACGCGGCCCGCUUUCACAGGCAAGCACAGCAGAGUUACACCAGUCCAGCGACCUCCAAUACCAACGUCGCGAAGCUCACAUUCCCAAAGGGUCAAAUGAGGAGGAACAGCACUACAUCCUGACACUUCUUACCGACAAGCGACACCAUGAUGAAAUGACAGCGCUGCGAAGACAAUGGUUUCCUUCGCGACUGCUCAAGGUUGAUGCGCAUAUCACCCUGUUCCACGCGCUACCUGGCUCAAAACUGUCAGAAGUCAAGGCAGAUAUCACGAAUGUCGCAGCUCGAACAGCGAGGUUCCCAAUUGCUGUUGGUAAUCAGGACGUUUACGAAAUGGGAAAAGGCGUUGGCAUCCAGCUCUAUGCUGGUCAGAAGAGGGCAUUGAGCAUACGCAGUGAAUUGAGGGGCAAGUGGGAGCCAUUUCUCAGCGACCAAGAUAGACGAGAGAAAUGGAGAGGCCACUACACCGUUAUGAACAAGCAGGAUGACAAGGAAGAGGUGCAGAAGUGUCUGGAGUACUUGAAGGAUGGGCAUAUAGAUAGCAAAGGAACUGUAGAAGGAUUGAGUCUUUGGUUGUAUGAUAGAGGCUGGUGGCAGGAAAACGAGGUCUUCAAAUUCUCUGGAUAA